GUCAGAGUUUAGGACUUUCAUCGUUGUACACUUGGCAACAAUGUAUUGAUUACUUCAACAUAACCAGAUAAUCUCCGACUCAGUUAACCUAAUAUUUUUAUUAUGUUAUUUGUUUUUAACAAAGUGAAAUUGUUUUAAAACUCGCCCAAAAUGUAUUUAAGAGUACAGCUAAUUCUUAUAUUUUGUUGCUACUGGCAAAGUAUAUUGGCCAAUAUAGAUAUUGUGAGUGAAUUAAAUCUUAGACGGGAUAUUUGGGGUACAAAAGAGGAACCAUCACCUAAACAAGUGGCAAAAACAAAUGCUGACUGGUUUGCAUCCGACAUUGCGGCAUUUAAAGGAAAUGUAAUAGUUUAUCCGGAAUAUGCUCUAACAACAAAUGCUGUUGUCCAAUUAAUUUCGAUUAUUGACCUGAAGGAUUAUGCAACGCAAGUACCUGACGAACGUGCCAAUCUGUGUCCAAAUGUUUCUUCUCCAACAAUGGUGUUUAGAAAAGAGGAAAAUUUUCUUGAAACCUCUGCUAUAUCUGCUAAUCCUAAUCCUGAAAAUAGAACCAUUCUGCUUGAUAACAAAGAAAUGUCUCUUAUUAUGGGAUACGAAAUUUUAAAAGCUAAAAGCCAGUACGAUGUUAUAUAUUUCGCAUCAGAAAUAACACCCAUUUUGCCAUUUUUACUAGAUACGAGUUUAAUGGCAGGAUUUUCCAAGGUUUACCAAGUAAAUGUAAAAUCUCCUAAUUUAAGGUCAAGCAAUAUUGAUGAGACAUUGCCUUUAACUCAUAGAGAAGAUAUCGUUGAAAUUGAUAAUAAAAAGGGUUUAACCAAUGAACCAAAGCUAAAAACCGAUAUAGCAAAUGAAGGCUUAUACAAAAUUGAUGAUAAUAAAUACAAUCUUAUAAAAAUUGUCAAUAAAACAGCUUCAUAUGAAAAGUGUACCGUUGUUAUAGAAUCCGAUGAUGAAAAGCUUAUACAAAAAAAUUAUAGAUUGGCAGUAUUUAAAGGAAAUUUCACAAUACAUAGCAAAAUCCAAUUCCUGCAAGUAUGUGGUCUUGUUAGGACCUCAAAUGAUAAACAAAUACAACUUAAUUUAAGUGAAGCAAAGUCUACAUUCAAAAAUGUAACUAUAACUUUGGAGUCAACUGGAAGCAAACCGUUACCGAUAACCUUAAAGAGCGACUUAAAACCUUUGGGACAUAAUCAAUACACGUACUAUAAAGAAGAAGGAAAGUAUAUCGUAAAAUCCAAUGAACCCAUUAGCGAUAUUGUAAGCUACGGAAUUAUUCUUGGUGACGAAUUUUCUGAUGACGGAUCUGAUAAGAUAAGAUACGGAAAGGGAUACCAGUAUAUUGUCGGGGUUAUUGAAUACAAUCCCUUUACGAAUACAUCUGCAGUGGAAAAUAUUAUCGAAUACAACAUUGCAGCCUACAAAACAGAAAUCGAGUUAUUAAAGCAACGAAAUGCAGAAAUCGUAGUGUUUCCCGAAUAUGGUUUGACCGGAAAAACACUGAAUACUUCCUAUGCACAACAUGUUCCUAAACUAUCACUUGAAAAAAUCGAUUACAAAGAUAAUAUAGAAAGACUAAGUAAUAUGGCUAAGGAACACUCCAUUGCUCUUGCGGUAAAUCUUAUGGAAUUUGAAACGAUUAAUGACAAAACAUACUUUUUUAAUACCGAAGUUAUUUUCGAUAAAAAUGGGCAAAUUAUUGCCAAACACCGGAAGAUAAAUUUAAACGACGAAGAAAAAAAAGUUCUCACUCCUGGAUCUAAUGCUACCGUGGUCGAAAUUAAUGGCAACAGGUUUAGAGUAUUAAUCAAUGAAGAUUUAUUUUCUCCACUAGCAAAUUUUUUAAAUGGCACGAACAAUUUGGCUGGAUACAUAGUUUCCAUGAGCUGGAAAAAUCAGUUUCCUUUUGAAAUAGCCACCAGUAUUCAGGCUGGAUUUGCCAUUUCCAACGAGAUUCCAGUCAUUGCAGCCAACCUAAAUGCACCGUCAGUUGGAAUAAGCGGUUCGGGAGUGUACCAUUAUGAAAACUCUCUUACCAAGAGUUGUAGUAUAACUGGAAAAUCUGGAAUAUCGAGAAAUAUUUUAGAUUGCCACGUCAAAAACAUUGAUAUGGACCCAAAAAUGGGAAAAAAUGCAAUUGAAACAAUGGAAUUAAAUAUUGAAGCUUAUAGGGGUAUACUAGAGGAUUUAAGGUAUACAAAUACGACGAUAGCAGUUUUUCCCGAAUAUGGACUGACAGGAAUAACAAACAACGUGGAAGAAUAUGCUUUGGAAAUUUCCAAUAAUUCAUCUAACUUUAACCAGUGCAGCGGGCAGCACUUGAUGCCGCACGAGAUGCAACUCUUGCACCCCUUCGUCGAGCCCGACCUCUUGCAGCAGGUCGCCCGGCUGCACUUGCCGCUGCAGCCCCGCAGCUUGCAGCAGGCGCCCAGGUUCAGCGAGUUCUUCAGGCACUCGGUGUGCCGGCAGGUGUCGCCGAUGGGAAACGGCGGUCGUUUUCCGCUAGCCGAGGCCGAUUGGUCCAUCGAUGUACUUAAUUAUUUGUCGGACAUGGCGAUAGAACAUAACAUUACACUCGUUAUUAAUCUUCUAGAAAAAAGCGAUGAUAAAUACUACAACACCAAUGUCGUUUACAACCAUAAAGGGAACAUUAUUUCCAAAUAUCGUAAAAUAAAUUUAAACGACGAGCCCAAUUUGACCCCUGGUAAUAAUCUUUCCUGGUUCAAUAUUAAUUCACAGCUAUAUGCUUUGAUGACGGUCAACGAUGUUUUAUUUAAAAACCCAUCGGAAAUAAUUUUAAAACAAAAUAAAAAAAAUUCAACUUUCAACAAACCCUUAAAUAUAAACAAUAAAUUUAAAAACAUGUUUUAUGAAAAAAAUGUGGGAUAUGCCUCGGAUAUACUUCCUUUAAAUACAAAAGUGUCCUUGAAAGUUAAUCAUUUAACAUGUUCUGUCAAAGUAAAUUAUACUGAAAACACGAAAUCUAAUUUUUAUUUAAAGGUAAUCCUUUUUGACGGAAAAGACAUUGAAGUGGGUGGAAAAAGGCAAAGCCAAAUGUUUUGUUCCUUUUUUCAUUGCGAAUCCGAUGAAAUAGACAGUUGUGGAAACAUUAUAAACGAAAAUAUACAGUUCCACAAAAUCAGCGUAACCCUUAAAAGCGAUAUAAACAUAAAUAAUGGGUCCUCAAUUGAUUUGAUAAGGCCCAUCACGUUACGAUCCAAUUUGAAUCCCGUGGAAAAUUAUAAUUAUUCGGUGGAUAGAAAUACAGUGAGUUUGAGUGGGGAAAAUUUACCCAAAGGGACUUUAGUUUUUGGGGUUUUAGCUUUAAAAGAUCAUUCCGAUUUUAGUUCGGGAAUUUCCAAAGGAUGUAAAGUUGGUCCUGCGAUAAUUAGAGAAUGUAAAGGUCCUCCCAAAUCAAUGGAGCACAUCUCUUUAAGACUGCAUGUAAUCAACUGUUGA